UUCCUUCAACGGCGCAAUCCAUGCGCAAUUCCCGUUCCCACCGUAUCGGCCUCGCUCGCGCAAUCCAUGUGGCCUAACCUUCAAUCAAGGCUCCGGGCAAGGUUUCCAUCGUUGGCGAAGCACCAACCUCCAUCCUUCUCCACGCUCUCCUGGAAGACUAUCAUCCAUGGUUUACGGAGAAAUCACGCCUCCCCAGACGUCCACCAGGGGCUACACCAUGACCCCGCCCCCUCUCCCACACCGCCGGCCAGCCUCCAUCGUCGAUGGAAGGGCGCGAUCUCCGCAAUCCGCAGGCCCCUUCCCCCACAAAUGCCGCCAUGGAUGGCGGGUGCAGCGGAUUUCGCCUCCAUCCCGCUUGGCCCCCUCCGCGCACAGCCAGCCGCAUGCCCGCGCAUGGCGGAUCCGCCUCCCCCUCCGCCAACGAGCAUGCGCCAGCACCCGAUCCUCGCUCGCUCAGCCAUGCCCUCGCUCGGUCCCCUCCGCGCACGCGCAAACCACCGUUCCCCCGCCCGCUCCACUGAUCCCCAUCCCCCUCAGAUCCUCCCUGCAAAUCAAAUCCCCAUGCCCGCAGCGCCUCGCCUCGGCUGCUCUACCUCUAUCCCGCGACCCGCGAGAUUGGAAUCGCGGAGCCCCGCCGCCCUCCUCCAAAACGGCAUCGUCUCUGCUCGGGGUCACCUUUCCUCCCUCUCACUUCCUCUUCUUCAUUUAGGUGUGUUAGUUAAGCAGAGGAGGUGGCUUUGCUUGUUGCUCGUGUUUCUGCGUGGAUGCGUCCAGGGGUUUAGCAAGUCGCUGGCCAUGACGGUGCUCUUCGAGAUCAGGGACAAGACCUUCUUCGCCGUCGCGGUACGCCUCCUGCCUCCAUCCCCCUCACGUCACGUCGCCUGCUCUUUGUCCUGUCCUUCUGCUUGCUUUCCCUGUCUCUCCUUGCGUGCGUCGUUGUCCCGUGUAACUGCGUAGACGGGUCGGGUGCACUCCCGCCAGGUGUUCGGUGGUAUGCCGCCGCGGCGUUCCUCUUUGCUCGGCUUUUGGGUGCGACCGUGGGAGGUAAAUUUGUUAGGACGACAAUUGGCGGUGGUUCGAUCCCGUCACAGCAUCGUGCGGUAGCUGCAGAAGUGCAGAUUCGCUGGUGGAGCGAACAGGUGAAGCGCCUUGGAGUCGAAUUCAUGGUUCGAUUCGCUUCAGUUUCUACUGCUGCUGAGCUGAGAUGACUUCUUUUUAUUAAUUUUUUAAGUAGUGACAAGUUGUUUGCUGUAGAUUGGGAGCUCGGAUUUGUUUAGGCUCCUCCACCGGGAGAACUAAUUGUGCGCUCGAUUUGAUGCGGCCAAAUUUUUUACCCCAUUUAACUCUAUGCGGACUGUAUCUGCAAUUUGCUGGAGCUGUUGCACUUUCCGAAUUCGUGAUCCUGCCAUAUCGGUAGUGUCCUCUGUUUCUGGAGGACUGUCACCAGUUCUGAUAUGAUGCUUGCCCUCUUCCACAAGAAUUGAUUCAGCAGAGUACACUUGAAAUAAUGUAGCUUGAGGAUUGCGUCUUCAGAGGAUGAGGGAUUUGUCAGGAUCUGGACCUAGCAAGACAAACAAACCCACUUUAUUUUCAAUAUUUUCCAGUCCCUGCCUUUAUACGUUUAUUUUUUAUGGCCUUUGUUUCGAGCACUGGAUUUACUCAUGCUCUGUAGUUAUAUUUGCUAGAUUCUGGCUAUGCGCCAUCCUAGGAAACUCGUAUUGGCAGGCUGUUUAACUGCACUAAGAAGGCUGUUUAACUACACUAAGAGUCAUGACAGCUCUAUCGACUUAUCUAGGUUGGGUUGCACCAAAUCUGGUAAGCUACUAUAAUGAUUUUUGGGUGUCACUAUGUCAUGAAGGCAAAGUAGUUAUUUCUUUUGUGUGUGUCUGUUUGCUUCCUGCAAUGCAUAGAGCUGUCAUGACAAAAAUCAUGAUGCAAUACAAGCAGAAUAUGCUUCCUGAAAGACAAAGUAAUCACAAAGUUGAGGCAGAUAAAAUGGUUGAGCAAACCAAUCAAUCUGAAGUUAGCUUUGUGAAGGCUGAGCAUCUGAAUGGAAGUAAAAUUCGGCAGACAGGCAUUGAGGAUUACUCCUAUGACAAGGAUGUUGUAGAGAUCAAACUGCCAGACACAGAUCUUUCUUCUGAUUAUGGUGUUCAUUUUGUCAAGGAUGUCUGCAUUGAUGAAGGAGUUCUUCCUGAUCAAAAGAUUUCAUCAGAAAAGCAAGUAGACCAAAAAGUGUCUAUAAGCUUUGAUUCCAGGGAAGAGAUAAGUGCUGACUCUACAAAAACUGCACAUGAGUUGAAAUCGAAAAUAGUUGUCCUACCUGUCAAGUGUGAUACUCAUGACAAUAUUGUGGAACAGAACUCCUCAUGCAAAAAGCGUGAUCUUGAAGAUAACAAUACUACAGAUGUAUCUACCGAGUCUAAUGAUGAGGGAUUAAAUCCCAAACAAUUACCAUUUCAUGAAGUUGCACAAGAUUACCAGGAGGUUGAUAGUGUCAUUUCGGAGAGCAAUGAAAAUCAGGACCGACUUUUCACUGGAGAUGCAACCCAUCAGGUUUCAUCGAAUGAUUGUUAUGAAGCUGGAAUUAGUAUCGCGUCAGAGGGACUUGAGAAAUAUGUUAUGACAAAGCUGUUUAAUCGGGUAUUCGCAUCAGUCCCAGAAGAUGUGAAGAGUGAUGAAGAACUUUUUGAGAAUUAACUUGUACGAGAAUGAAACAUCAUGGCUGGUAUGAGAAUUAACUUCCCUCGUUUUUUGGCAUUUUUUUGCUUGAUGUAUUGCAUCUCUGGCAAGCUGCACACAUGAAUAGGUUUCUGGCAGAAACUGAACCAGGAUUGAAUUGUACUUGUGUCUUGCGUUGGGUUGGUCUUUUGGAUCUUUCUAUGUAUUAUGUCUAUACUUUGUAGACUACUGGCCAGCCACUACAUUCGCGUAUUACUCUUCCAUUGUGAGUUUUUGCUCUUCACUAUCCGAUGCCCACCAAUCUAAGCAGCCAAGGCAUGCAUACCUAACCUUCUCGAGGACAAUUCAGGAGGUAUGGUGCAUAAAAAAGUAGGAACCACAAUGAGAUUGUGAUGCUGCUCAGGGCACAUGCCUUUUGUGUGAUGUCUGAAUGUUCAUAGCCCUUGUGCUCCUCAUCCACCCAUUUUAAGAAUAUGCUCACGUCUCAUGAUUGUGUCUUUCUUCAGAAUCUCAGCUGUUCCUCAUGUGGAGAACCUCCAGAGGCUCACAUGUAUUCCUACACUCACCGCAACGAGAAUCUGAUUGUUCUUGUGAGGCACUUGCUGCCUAAAUAUUGUUUACCUGGUGAAUCAGAAGGAAAGAUUUGGAUGUGGACUUGAUGCUUAAGGUGUGAACGUGAAAGUGGGGUCCCCAGAUCAUCACGAAGGGUGAUAAUGUCAGCUGAAGCACACUACCUUUCAUUUGGGAAGUUCCUUGAACUUAGUUUUUCAAGCCACUCAACCGCUAGAAGGCUGCCAAUAUGCGGGCAUUCACUCAAUACGGAUUGUCUGCGCUUUUUUUGGGUUGGGCUCCAAAGUUGCAAUGUUCCCGUAUUCCUCAGUCGAAAUUUACAAUGCCUGCAAACCACAGCCUACUCUUGAGAUUCACAACCCCGAUAUGCACAAAGAUGCCCCAAGGUUGCUGCCCUCGUGUUUCGUGCUCUGAUUGUUGAGUCUUCAAUGAGAGCUGAUUCCAGUUAUAUAGAGAGUUCAUACAAUAGAUGAAACGAUAUUGUGAUUCUCUCAAUGGUGGCUUCAUGAGCAAGCAAUCAUUCACCUUGUUCACUAAAAUUUCAGACUGUAGCUCAGAUAAGGCUUUGAGCAUUCCUUGCUACAAUGCUUCCGAGAGAAGGGAAACCGGCAAAGGGGAAAAGAGACGAAUAGAAGGGCAUUGGUGCCCUCUCACACACAGGCCAAGUAUACAUCCACAUGCCACAAGGCUGAAGCUUCCACAUGAACAAGAGAAUGGAUCGUGAUAGCUAUUGCAAGAUGAUGCACAAGUACAUAGGAUCAGAUGUUACAUAACUUGUGACACUUCCAGUCAUAAUUUUUGAGCCAAUGACAAUGCUUCAGAAAAUGGCUGAGCUUUGUUAGGUGUUCCAUUUUAGUUAUCUGUCUACUUCCUUUAAACUGGUUCUGGUUAUAUGCGCGCGUAUCUAUUAUUAUGUAUAAGCAUUGUUGCUACUGGUCCUUAUCGAGAAUCGCAUAAGGAGACAACUUCAUGGGCUAGGAGGCUUAACUGACGGUUUCGACCUUGGGAUGAACAUGCUGUUGGGAGGAGACAAGGAAGAUGAUGGCGGUUCAAGCAAGUCGCAUGGCAAGAGCGGAAACCGAAAGAAGCACCUGAAGAACAACAAGAGGAAGAGGCAUUAGCCCUGGACUCACACUCCUGUAUCACUUCAACAUACUUGAGUGUGUGACAUGUCAGUUAUUUUACAGAUAUGUUAGUUUUACCAUAGUAUUGUUCGAUGUGAUCCUAGCAUGCCCGUGAAUGCUUUGGUUCCCUAUAGAGCUGUUGAUGUCUUACACAAAUGUAUUACAAAACUUUUUUCAUAACAAUAUAACACACAUUUGUACAUAAAUUACCGUGGUAUUAUA